AUUCGUUAGUAAUUUGUUUACAUUCUCCAAGCUGACCAUCUGAGAUUUUUAAUCUUCAUUUUUUGUUAAAUUCAUCUUAAUUUAUGAUUUAAACUGUUCAAACUUCACUAGAAGUUUAAAAAUUCUCGAAGAGCCUUGUUUUUUUUAUCAUCUGUAAAAUCAUUUGUCGGCUUUCAAGUUACUAGUCUAACAGCACAGAGUUGACGUUGUGAUCCCCUCCUGUAUUCUACUGCCACUCAGUAGUUUCCUCCUGUUUUUAUUUGUUUUUGCAUCGAUCGUUCAGUUCUAAGUUUAUUACAGAGAAAAUGGUGAAAAUCAUACAACAAGAGACAUUUGACACUGUUGUGAGGGAAAACAUUGAGGAAUUUGGUCUGUCAGCGGAGGAGGCUAUUGAGGAUGCAGAAAAACAGUUCAUAGCUCAGGGCAUUGAUCUUAGCAACAUAAUCAAAGAUCUGUACUUAAGGAAAGAUGAAGACCCCCUCUUAGUUGCUCUGGAGCGAAUCAAGGAUAAUAUCGAAACUAGCUCUACUGAUGGAUUAGAAGAAGCUGUUGAGAACCUAAAAAAUGAAUGCCGAAAGGAUAUUGCUCGCAAAAUACUAGCAGGAAAAAAAGGAGCUUACAACCUCCUGCUGAAUGUUUUGACUAAAUUUAAAGAGGACAAGAUUCAAGUAGCAUCAUUGGCAGCACUUGUUGCUUUAAUGACAGGGUAUCCUGACCUUUUGGAUGCAGAAGGUCUAAACCUAAUGAUUAAUAAGUUGGAAGAUUCAAGUAGUGAGCAGCAACAGAUCCUGACAUUACAGUGGGCUGUAGAGUGCUGCAAGAAGCAUGAAAAUAAUAGACAGAGUAUUUUUAAGAAGGACAUCACAACAAUCUUAAAAAGGAAAAUAGAAGACAGCAGCUCAAGUCGCGAUUUGCUUUACCACAUUUGUUGCCUCUUCAGACAUCUAGUUCUGGACGAUGAUGUGAGAGUAGAGUUUUCUCAAGCGCAUGAGCAUGCACGUACCAUAUCAUCUGAUAAUUUGAGUCAUCUCACAAAAUUACUUUUCAAACUUCGUGAAGAUAACGCAGCUGUAUGUGAGCUCUUACAAACUUUGACUUCGUUGAUAGUUCGAAAUGAAUUCUGUCAGGAAGUUGCGGACUGUGGAGGCCUUACUUUUAUCAUGGAUGCCAUGACUGAAUUUCCAAACGAUGAGAAACUGAAUUGGCAAUGUCUUCGGCUGCUUAAAGGUUUAGCAGGAAAUGAUGAGGUCAAACUGAAAAUCAUGCAGAGUGGUGGAGGAGCCUUGAUUAUCUCAUGCAUGGACCGAUUUAAAAUUUCCAUAAACAUUAGUAGAGCAGGACUGGCUGUCAUUACAGCCUUGUGCCUGAGGUCACCCCAGAAUAGUCAACUGAUGUGUGAACUGGAGGCUCCGUCAGUCAUAGUUCAGGCAAUGAAAAUUCAUUCUGCAGAUUCCAAAAUCCAGAAAAGCGGCUGCUGUGCUGUCAGGAACGUGGUUUCACGCUGCCGAGAGCUGUCCAAACACUUCCUAGAAUUAGGUAUCGAAGAAAUUAUAAAUGACGUCAUGAAGAGGUUCAAAUCUGAGUUAGAGUUUGAUGCAAAGUCUGCUCUUCGAGAUCUUGGCUGCAACGUUGUCUUCAAAGAGGAGUGGAAAGGGGAGAACAAAUCUGGUGUCAUCGAUUGUAAUUAAUAAGAAUAUUUUCUGUCUCUGUGAUUUCUCCAAAGAUAAGUAGGAACAAUUUUUCCGAUUGUAGGCAGUUGAUUCUUCUGUUGACAUUUUAGAACUAUUGCUAAAUUUGUUGAGUGAUUUUUAAAGUGAAAUGGAAGAAUCAUCAGCUUUAUUUAGACCGCGUUAAGCAGAAAGUAACCAAGUCACAUCAGCAAGUGCCAAAUUUAAUUGGGCAGUCUAAUUUUUUACGUGAAAACAGUUAUACAGGUUUUUGUGCAAAUUGCAGUGAAUUUUCUGUUUAGUACAAAACAAAUUCCUUAAAAAUUUCAGUAGAAUCUGCACGAAGGUUCGCUUGGAGAAAAUUGAAUUGCUUAGUUAUACUUGGCAAGAGCUGAAGUGGCUUGGUUCCUUUCUGCUUAAUGUGGUCCAUUUAGCCAUUGAAAGCAGAUAGAAAGCACAAGAAAGCAGAUCCUUUACUCAGCUAAGGACUUUUGCGACAACUCUGAUACUAUUCCACCGAACCUUCUGUGUUAAUAUGUUUGUUUUGUUGCUUGCCUUAUCAUUUUAAAUGCAUGACUACAUGUUACAUAGGAGGGGCGAAUAAGAUCUUUUGUCAGGGAGUAAAAGCCUGCUCCAUUUUUAUGAAUUUAUGAUCUACCUAUGAGGAGAAACUUCGUGUGGUCAAAAUGAAUAGCUUUUUCACAGUGUCAGAUGAUAUUUUUAUCAUUUAAUAUUGAAUACUUUCCAGCGUUCCUAAUUUUCCUUUAAUAAUGCUUAUGCUUUUUUAAAACUUUAUAAUCCAUAAGUUGAAAUACAUUCUUAUUUUUCACUAAUUUUUUAGAAAACGUCCGAAAAAUACUGAAGUAUCAAAGAUACUGAAAAAAAAAAAAAAAUAAAAUAA